GAGCCCAAAAUGAAAGAAGCGACGACGACGAAUCAUACCUCGAAGUUUCGAACAUAAGGAGACGUAUUUUUCAGAAGUCCCAGAAUUAAGAAAUUCCCAAUCAAACUUCGUUGGUUGCAUUACUUUCUGCCACUCCCACCAUCGUUCCUCUCCCCACCGACCAGUCUUCCCUUUCCUUUUGGAUUCCUCUUUUCUCAAACUUUUCCUCUUAACGAAACGAAAAAAAAAAAAAAAACCAGAAACGUUAACACCCAUAUAAAGAGCACAAACCUCGGACAGGAAGACGCCCCCGUGAGAGAUUCACUCCGUCUCUCCUCUUCAAAGGUAAAAAAAACUCAUGAUGUACACGUUUAAAGAGAAAGUGACGGACAGGUUCACCCGUUUCUUCGCCGACUCGUCCCCCUCCUCCUCGUCCUCGUCUCCCCCACCUCAGGCCAGGCCUUAUUCUGAAGGCGUGAAAACCUUUUCUUCAUAUUUUUCCUACAUUAACCAUUCAGUUGGAUUUGAUCGAUCCAUAUCAAAGAAGCAUCAACAUGAUCUCAAAUCAAUUCAAGAACACCCUGCUCUAUAUAGAAAUGCAAACUCUGUUGCUCUAGAUGAAUCCUUGGAAGACUAUGUGAAACGUAGUCCAGUAUGUGACAAGAAGGUAACAACAAUCACUCGAGACGGUGAUGAAGACCCGGCUUCUGGCAGGAGCACUAGUGGGUCUGAAGUGUUUGAAGAGGCUACUAACCGACACAGCCCACAGAAGACUUUUCCGUAUCUCACGGAUGAGUCUGUUUUUAUUUCCACAGAUUUGUAUGAAUUCUUGCUGUCGUCCCUGCCUAAUAUUGUGAAGGGGUGCCAAUGGAUGUUGUUGUACAGUACGUUGAAACAUGGUAUAUCACUGCGUACACUAAUUCGCAAGAGUGCUGAUCUUUCUGGUCCAUGUUUGCUGAUUGCUGGUGACAGGCAAGGUGCUGUGUUUGGUGGGCUGCUAGAUUGUCCCUUGAAGCCUACAGCGAAGAGAAAAUAUCAAGGAACAAACCAAACAUUUGUGUUUACGACCAUAUAUGGUGAACCGAGAUUAUUUAGACCAACAGGAGCCAAUCGAUAUUACCACUUAUGUAUGGAUGACUUGUUAGCAUUUGGCGGUGGUGGCAACUUCGCCCUGUGCUUGGAUGGAGAUCUGUUAAGUGGAACCAGUGGACCCUGCCAAACAUUUGGGAAUUUGUGCUUGGCUCAUAACGAAGAGUUUGAAUUAAAGAAUGUCGAGCUAUGGGGUUUUACACAUGCAUCGCGUUACCUUACCUAGGACAAGCCUCUUUCUCAAUAAUAUUAUUUAUUCAUUUACCUCAAUGUGUAUCUAUAUAUAUAUAUAUAUAUAAGGGAUUGUCCAUUUGUUGAAGUGUAGAAUCCUAGAAUGAACUAAAAAUCGCUGUCUAGUGGCAGUCUUGUAUUAAUAGUUGGAUGUUUGAUUAAUGUCCGAAUGAAUCAUCUUUUCAGUGGAAAAAAUUUUCAGAGCUAUCAGUACUAUAAAUGUUGCGAAUUCGAAUCGGCAGAUCGUUGAGGCUCAAACCAUGCUCUUUGGAACAUGUUCAAAAAAUGCUCUCUGCGAUCAGUGGAAUCGGAAAGAAUGCAGUUGUAGAAAAUGCUUCUCUAAUAAAUUACGUGCCCACUCUAAAGCAUUCGCUCAACUUCGAAAUGCCCAUCCCGCGUUGUAAAUAAUGACUUGACUGCCAUGCAUUGCACGCAUUCAAUAAUUGAUCAACAAGCUUGUCCCUAAUUGCUCAUUCUAGUCAGUGUACCAAAUUACAACAAAAAAAAGUAAGAACCGAGAACAGUUCUGAAUAUAUUGUCCUGUCAGCCACCCACAAUCGGACAUACAAAAGAUAGAACGCUAACGUUAGCCAAAAACCUAUUCCAAAGCGGCAAAAUCUGAUUACAACAAAAUUGGAAAAAAAAAAAGAGAAAAAAGAAAAGGAAAUGAUACAUGAGAUGGGGUACCAA